CCCGUUAAGUCCUAUAAAUACAAACAAUUAGUCUCUUGGAUCGUGUGCAUAUUUGCCGUUAAGGACUGCUCUUCGUCCUCAUUUUAUUUUCCCUUUGCUCUCUCUGCUGAGACGUGAGAAAAUGGGGCUGUCUUUCACCAAGUUGUUUAGCAGACUGUUUGCUAAGAAGGAAAUGCGUAUUCUGAUGGUGGGUCUUGAUGCUGCUGGUAAGACAACCAUUCUUUACAAGCUCAAGCUCGGUGAGAUUGUCACAACCAUUCCUACUAUUGGAUUCAAUGUGGAGACUGUGGAGUAUAAGAACAUUAGCUUUACUGUUUGGGAUGUCGGGGGUCAGGACAAGAUCCGCCCCUUGUGGAGACAUUACUUCCAGAACACACAAGGACUUAUCUUUGUGGUUGAUAGCAACGACAGGGAUCGUGUGGUUGAAGCCAGGGAUGAGCUACACAGGAUGUUGAAUGAGGAUGAGUUGAGGGAUGCUGUCCUUCUAGUGUUUGCAAACAAGCAAGACCUUCCAAAUGCAAUGAAUGCUGCUGAGAUAACUGAUAAGCUUGGUCUCCACUCUCUUCGUCAGCGCCACUGGUAUAUCCAGAGCACAUGUGCCACUUCUGGUGAAGGGCUGUAUGAGGGAUUGGACUGGCUCUCAAACAACAUUGCAAACAAGGCUUAGAUGGCAUAACUCCCAAGUGCUCGAUUGCAAUGAGUGCUGGAAUACAGAGUCUAUAUUUGUUUUGUAUUCUGGAUGUUCCACCAGCUCAUUUUGUCUUUACCUGUCUUAACAUGUUUGUGGUUGCUUGCUUUUGCAAGCUUUUCCGCUUGUUUUCUGUAGCUUCAGAAUUUUUCAUAAAUCUUCGUUUUGUUCAUGAUGUUAUCUAAAUAGCAUAUUUUGUUUUUCAGAUAAUUUUUUAAGGUAAUGAAUCUUGAGACUUUUUCCUUCUUUUA